AUGUCGAACACAGUCAAAACAGGUUCCAUCUUUAAUGUCGAGGAGGCUCAGGGCACCGAGAGAGCUCGGCAUGAGACAACAGCCGCCCAGGCACAGGCUGAAGCACCAGACAGUCGUGUUUCACAUCAAGUGGAAGAGAACGCAGAGCACCUUCAAGAAGCAGCAACAAAAGCAGCUCAGGCUGCGCAGGGAAUGGGGCCUGAACUGACGGGAGAGAGAGACACCAGUACUGCCUUUGAUGUCUUAAAAAGCGAAGCGGCUCAGAAGACAAACGCCGCGGCCUCCGAAGGGCAGAUGGAUUUCCGUAUGGCUAAGGAUACAAGCGCAAGUUAUCUAGACCAGGCAAAGACAUUGGUGGAAAGUAUUGCCGCUUCUGCUCAGGAUUAUCUUCACGGUAGCACAGAUCCGCAUGCCAUUUCAGAAGGAGAUGCCGUAUCAUCAUCGCAGACGUCAGCAUUAUCUGGGACAGCUCAGAAGUACUUUGCAUCUGCGCAAGCCGCCGCUCAACCGCACAUUGAUGUUGCACAGUCCACUUUGCAGCCACAGGUCGAGAAAGCACGCGAAACAGUAGAAGGCUACCUCGGGAUGCAUUCUAGUGCCUCGCCUUCUGAUGCGGUUACCCCGCCAUCAACGGACGCGACUACCGAUGCGCCCCUAGAUGUCGAAGAUAUUGCAGGCCUGCCGUACGCAUCUACGACAACCACUGCUGGUGCAGAGGAGAGAAGACUGGAGUCAAAUAUUGUGUAG